GAAAAAGAAGAUUGCAAUUUGGGAAUUGUUUAGAGCAAAGAAAAGGCAGAGGAAAGGGAGAGGCCGUACUGCGACUCUUUGGCUUGGAGAGAGAGACCAAAACCAAACCCUAGAUUUUUCAGUCCUAAGUUCCAAAUUUCUUCAUUUAUUCACUCCAAUUUCAGAUCCGACCCCCAACAAUCCUUCUUCCCGCUGCUUACUAUUCAUUUUUUCGUCUUCCUGAUCUUGCCUAAUUUUAGACAUUGAAGAAGGAGGAAACUCGUCUUGUGUUUUGUGAAUACUCUCUUGAGAUUCUUUGUCAAGCUUUUUUGAGUUGGAAAUUUUUAUUAGGUCAGUAAAGAUGAUGUCCAAAUCGUAUACCAAUCUUUUAGAUUUAGCAUCUGGGAAUUUUCCCAUCAUGGGUCGUGAGAAGAAGCGACUUCCACGCGUAAUGACUGUUACGGGGGUAAUAUCAGAGCUUGAUGAUGAGCAGGCAAAUAGUGUGACUUCUGAGGGACCUUCGUCAGUUGUGCAAGACCGUAUAAUUAUUGUAGCCAAUCAGCUUCCUAUUAAAGCUAAGCGUAGACCGGACGAUAUUGGCUGGAGUUUUAGUUGGGAUGAAGACUCUUUGCUGUGGCAGCUCAAGGAUGGUUUACCUGAAGAUAUGGAGGUUUUGUAUGUAGGAUCUUUGCGGGUGGAUGUUGAUUCUUCCGAACAAGAUGAUGUCUCCCAGCUUUUGUUGGAGAGGUUUAAGUGUGUUCCUGCGUUUUUGCCUCAGGCAAUUUUAUCAAAAUUUUAUCAUGGUUUUUGUAAGCAGCAGCUGUGGCCACUAUUCCAUUACAUGCUUCCGUACUCUGCAACUCAUGGUGGUCGGUUUGAUCGGUCUCUGUGGGAGGCGUAUGUUGCAGCAAAUAAAAUUUUUUCUCAAAGGGUGAUUGAGGUCAUAAACCCAGAUGAUGAUUUUGUAUGGAUUCAUGAUUACCAUUUAAUGGUGCUGCCUUCCUUCUUGAGGCGGAGGUUUACGAGAUUGAGGAUGGGUUUUUUUCUUCACAGUCCAUUUCCUUCCUCAGAAAUAUAUAGAACUUUACCAGUGAGGGAAGAGAUUCUUAAGGCACUUUUGAAUGCUGACCUUAUUGGUUUUCACACUUUCGACUAUGCUCGACAUUUCUUGUCUUGUUGUAGUCGGAUGUUGGGUUUGGAAUAUCAGUCAAAGAGGGGUUAUAUUGGGUUGGAAUAUUUUGGAAGGACUGUGGGGAUAAAGAUCAUGCCUGUUGGAAUUCACAUGGGCCAGAUGGAGUCAGUGUUAAGCCUUGCUGAUAAAGACUGGAGGGUACAGGAGCUCAAGCGGCAGUUUGAAGGGAAAGUUGUGUUACUUGGAGUUGAUGAUAUGGACAUUUUCAAAGGGGUCAAUCUGAAGUUGUUGGCAAUGGAACAAAUGCUAAGGCAACAUCCAAAGUGGCAGGGAAGAGCCGUUUUCAUACAGAUUGCAAACCCAGCUAGAGGAAAGGGGAAAGAUCUUGAGGAAAUACGAGAGGAAAUACAGGAAUGCUGUAAGAGAAUUAAUGAAAGUUUUGGACAGGCAAAUUAUGAGCCUAUUGUGUUCAUUGAUCGGCCUGUUUCUCUUGCUGAAAGAGCUGCAUAUUAUACGGUUGCCGAAUGUGUUGUAGUCACAGCGGUGAGGGAUGGGAUGAAUCUAACACCUUAUGAGUACGUUGUCUGCAGGCAGGGAACCUCUGGAUCAGAUUGUAGUUCAGAAUCAAAUGGGCCACAGAAGAGCAUGCUAGUGAUAUCAGAGUUCAUGGGAUGUUCCCCUUCUCUUAGUGGUGCUAUACGGGUUAACCCAUGGAACAUCGAAGCUACUGCUGAAGCAUUGAAUGAGGCAAUAUCAAUGGCUGAUGCUGAAAAACAAUUGCGCCAUGAAAAGCAUUAUAAAUAUGUUAGUACACAUGAUGUGGCGUACUGGUCAAAGAGUUUUUUCCAAGAUAUGGAAAGAACUUGUAAAGAUCACUUCAGACGACGGUGCUGGGGAAUUGGGUUGGGCUUUGGCUUUAGAGUUGUAGCACUUGAUCCCAACUUUAGAAAGUUGUCUAUUGAUGCCAUUGUAGCUGCGUAUUCGAGGUCCAAAAGGAGGGCCAUACUUUUGGAUUAUGAUGGCACUGUCAUGCCACAAACAUCAAUUGAUAAGGCCCCAAGUCGUCAAGUUAUUUCAAUCAUAGAUUCACUUUGCGAUGAUGUUAGGAAUACCGUUUUUGUUGUCAGUGGAAGAGGGCGUGAAAGUUUGGGCAACUGGUUUUCUUCUUGCGAUAAACUUGGAAUUGCUGCCGAGCAUGGCUACUUUAUGAGGUGGUCUGCCGAUAAGGACUGGGAAAAUUGUGGUCAAGGUAGUGAUUUUGGCUGGAUACAGAUCGCAGAGCCAGUCAUGAAAUUAUAUACAGAAGCAACUGACGGCUCUUCUAUUGAAACCAAGGAAAGUGCCUUGGUGUGGCACCACCGGGAUGCAGACCCUGAUUUUGGUUGCAGUCAGGCCAAGGAACUGUUGGAUCACCUUGAAAGUGUGCUGGCAAAUGAACCAGUCGCUGUAAAAAGUGGUCAGUUUAUUGUAGAAGUGAAGCCACAGGGAGUCAGUAAAGGUUUGGUGGCAGAAAAGAUCUUCACUUCAAUGACGGACGCAGGCAGACGAGCUGAUUUUGUGCUAUGCAUUGGUGAUGAUAGAUCUGAUGAAGACAUGUUUGAGAUCAUUGGUCAUGCAGUAUCAAGUGGCGUCCUCUCUUCCAAUACAUUAGUUUUUGCCUGCACAGUCGGACAGAAACCAAGCAAGGCCAAGUAUUACUUGGAUGACACAACUGAGGUCAUAAACAUGCUUGAAGCCCUUGCAGAAGUUUCAGACAUUUCUUCUCCUCCAGAAUCCCCUUGACAUAUUUGCUCCAUGGUGGCGUAAUAUAACGUCCUGCAGUCUCUUCUUCUCCUAAGCGAGUGACGAAACUGACCUCGCUGGCUGGUGAUUAGUAUCGUAUUCAUUUUCGGCUUGUUGGAAAUGGAAAUGGCUUGAUAUAUACAAGUGGGAUGCUAAGUAUGAAAUAGGGGGAAGCAUUCAGUCUAGGCAUUGGGGACUCGGAUGGGGAUGGAAUGGAAUUUAUAUGGGCCGACUGACUGACUGACUUGGGAGGAUGUAACAGAAACAACAUAGAGGAAGAUGGCUGAAUGAUUUGUGAAUAAUUCGAGGCACAGCCAUUGAUAUUUACACGCUGGUUUGAAGUUGGCAGUCUCCAGGGAGUUGUUAUCUCACAACCUUUCGUUUGAUUCCAUACUAAAUCUUUGGGUGGUGGGAUGAUGAUCGGAGUUCGAGUAGAAAGUGAGAAACAGAAGAAGCCUGAACUCGUUUUGUUCUGAAAACUGUACCAAAAAUGGACAACAUGAAUGAUGUCCUUUGUCCUUUUUCUUGUUAAAUUCUUGAGUGCAUUUGUUUUCUCAAUGUUGUUACUUGAACCAUUUUCAUUUUGCUCACAAGAAAUCUGUAAAUUUCCUAUAUUUUGCUAAGAUUUGCACUACAUUUUUGUUAAUAAGAAUGUGUUUUGCGACGUGGAUUCCAAGCA